GGGUUAAGCACGAAGUACGUACACACUUGCAACGGUAAGGUAAAAUAAAUGAAAGUAACAAAGGAAGAAGAUACACGACUGACGCGUUUUAUGCAACAUUCUUGUUUGAAUAAUUUUUUUAAACCUUCUGUUUUGAAAAAAAAAGCGCGAGAAAAAGGAGUGGAAGAAAAGCGCGAGAGAAUGAUGAUAGAGUUAUAAAUAAAAAUCUAAGAGUCGACGGUGAGAUCUAUUUGACGUCAAGGCGAAGUGACGGUAAACUUUGUGUGACGAACUCUUUUAUAUUGAUCGAACUUCAUCAGUUUCUUUGUAUUCAAACGUGAUAUUGAGAUGCGAGAUAAGUGCAAUCGUUCGGUGGUAUCUUUGUGCUAAUACGUGUAACAUCGUCGAUUGGUAUUCGCUUCGCGAAAAUUUUUAAAUUCUUUGCGUCAUGCAGUCAUGACCGUAAAACGGAUAAGAAAAAAAAAAAGUCCGAUGGCUGACGCACAGUUAGCCCUGAUAUUAUUUAAAUUUAUGAUCAUGUGCAAGAGCUUCUAAAAGACGCUGCAAUCGAUUGUUUGUACCAACCGCAACGUUGAGAAAGAAGUGUGUUUAUGUGCUCGGUCGCUGUUAAUCGACGAGAGAUCUUCGCAACAAAGAUACGUAAUAAAAUUGUUCGAAGCUCAUUUGUAAUACACGAAUUUACUUGUAAAAUAUAUAUAUUUUUUUAAAUACGGGUAACCCUUGUAUAACGCGGUUUACGAAUUGUGAUAAAAUCGAAUCUACCCUUUUUGUUUUUUUCAAUCCGAUCCGCGCGCUUGUGCGAGUACAACGCGAUUUGUGUAACGCGGCAUUUCCGUGGAAUAUCCGCGUUGUAUACGAGGGUUGUUGUUAACUCUAUAUAUUUUACAAGUAAAUUAUUAUUAUUAAAAUAUUCGUAAAUUAUUAUUAAAAUUAUUGAUAAAAUUGAAACUUCUACCGAAAUUUGUGUGACGUAAAUCUCUUUGUGGGACGUCAAAAGACGCGAUCAAGUGCGCGAAAGAUAGUCACAUGUAAAUAAUAUAUGAAGUUGAACAAGAGAUUGCAAUCAUCACAAAUUCUCUAUCAGACGCGCAUUUGAAUUGAGAUAAACUUGAAGAAACGUGAUUAGUAGGAGAUAAAAGAUAAGAUACAUAUUCAACGUGGACAUAUUGUAACAUCUCGCGAAGAAGAGAAGAUCGAUAGACAGAUAGCUUUCGUGCAAUGCUGAAGUUCGGAUUCUGGAUAAUUUUAUUUGUCGGAUACGUCGACGGGAUUUUGCCGUCGGCCGUUCUCGAGACGAUCUAUCACUUCUUCUCGGGACUUCCCGUGCCCAACGACCUGGUGCAGCAGGAUGCGGAUGCGAUAUCCAGACAAUACUCCUUCGUCGUGAUCGGCGCCGGCUCGGCGGGAUCGGUGCUGGCGAAUCGUCUGACGGAGAAUCUCGACUGGAACGUCCUGUUGCUGGAGCAGGGCAAGGACGAGAUGUUUCUCACGGACGUUCCUUUUGUGGCGUCGCUCAUGCACGUCACCGAUUACGCCCGCGUGUACAAGAGCGAACCGCGACCGCAGGACGCGAACGGCCGCGGUGGAUGCUGCUUGUCGAUGAUCGACGGUCGCUGCAAUAUCGUGUCCGGCAAAGCGGUCGGCGGCACGUCCGUAAUAAAUUUUAUGAUUUAUUCUCGAGGAAACCCGGCUGACUAUGACGGCUGGGAAGCGCUCGGAAAUCCCGGCUGGAGCUACGAAGAUGUGUUACCUUAUUUCAUCAAGUCCGAGAAAUGCAGAUUAAUCAAUAAAAAUGUGAAAUAUCACGGCUACGACGGAUACUUGGAUGUCACAACUCCUCCUUAUGCCACUCCUUUAAGAGAACAUUUUCUGAAGGCUGGUCAAGAACUUGGUUACGAUGUGAUAGAUUACAACAGCGACAAAUUCGUAGGUUUCUCGACCGUGCAGGCGAAUAUGCGAAACGGACACAGAGUCAGCGCCAACAAAGCUUUUCUCAGUCCAAUUCGUGACAGACCGAAUUUCUAUCUAUCCAAGUUAUCGACGGUGACAAAAAUUGUUAUCAAUCCGAAGACAAAGACUGCCGUGGGUGUUGAAUUUGUAAAAAAUCAAAAAACCUAUUUUGUUUCCGCUAUCAAAGAAAUUAUACUUUGCGCAGGUACUUUUAGUUCACCGCAAUUGUUGAUGCUGUCCGGGAUAGGUCCUAAGAAUCACUUGGCUUCCUUGGGCAUUCGUGUAAUCGAAGAUCUCCCCGUGGGUUUUAACUUGCAGGAUCACGUGAGCAUGUCAGCUUUAACAUUUCUAGUCAACGAGAGCGUGACCGUGAUCGAGCCACGUGACGCUUCGAAUCUAGUUAAUUACGUUCGAUAUCUGACAGAAGGAACAGGUCCUUUUACGAUACCUGGAGGUGCCGAAGGUCUCGCCUUCAUUAAUACAAAAACUGUCAGUUCGAGAACGGAGAAGGAAACGUUGAUGUCAAAAUACGCGCGACGCGCACACACCCGCGAGAACAACAAGCAACGUGCUGAAAUUGUUCCUAAUAUAACUUCCAUCACGAUUAAUCGUGAUGUAUUUAAGAAGAGGACCUUUCGCGCUAACACGCAGAGAUUUUCGACGAAGGAAAGUCCUGACAUCGAGUUGGUGAUGGGCGUGAGUUCGUUAGCCGGCGACAUCUCCGGAAGCUAUCGCGGUCUGCUGGGAUUGUCGCAAGAAUUUUACGACCAAGUUUUCGGCGAUUAUUUAGGAUUGGACGCUUUCACGAUCGUGCCUGUGCUUCUGCGACCCAAGAGUCGCGGCAGACUCACCUUGAGAAGUUCCGAUCCGUUAGAUCCGCCGGUUGUGGACCUCAAUUACUACGAUCACGAGGACGAUUUGAACGCGAUAGUAAAAGGCAUAAAAAUGGCGAUCGAGGUAGCUUCGACAAGAGCAUUCGAACGUUUCAACGCGACGUUGCUCUCCAAACCGUUUCCGGGAUGCGAACGUCUCACUUUCAAGAGCGACGCGUACUGGACUUGUGUCGCUCGUCACGUGUCGACGACUCUGGGUCAUUAUGCGGGCACGUGUAGAAUGGGCACGCGUAAGAAUUCGGGCGUGGUGGAUCACAGGUUACGGGUGCACGGAAUCGGCGGUCUUCGAGUCGUGGACGCCAGUGUGAUGCCGACGAUAGUCGCCGGUCACACGAACGCGCCGGUGUACAUGAUGGCCGAGAAGGCCGGCGACAUGAUCAAGGAAGAUUGGAAGGGAUUUGCUUCGUGAAACUCGUAGGACAAA